CAUUGUGGAGUUCAUAAUGAAAUUGAAGCACAGCGAACCACGGUUCGUUUGGCUCAGCUUGGUCUGCUGUAACACGCUGCAACCAGUGCAAUCCUGGGAUAUGGAAUACAAUCUAAACUUACUCUGCAAACUGGGUAAGAUCAUACAAGCGCAAGAGAUCAUUUGGUAUGUGAGCGAACGCAUGGACGCGACGAAUAGUGUUGGCGUACAGGAACUCAUCAUAACGUUGCGCGAUUGUCUGGGUCUCACGCAGUCGGUGUUGACCAAUAGUACCGAUUUACGCUUAAUACAUUCCGAAAAUAAGAAACACGGAUUGAGCAUAGUCUUCUGUACCGCCGUCGAUGAUCCCAUCAUACAUGUACACGAUCGCACACUACUCGGACGUCAUUUUUAUUUCGGCUUAAUGAUCAUGGUAAAUAUAGUGCAGGAUUUUAAUGUGGUGGAGCAGCUAAUGGUGGGGCUGAAGGCGCGUAAUUUCCAAAAUACCAUGCUAUAUUACUACAGCAGUAAUGAAACAAAUGAGCUCUUCACCUACACCUUAUAUCCGGAGUACAAACUUGUAAAUAGUUCCAACUUUUUGGCAUAUUUAAUGGAAGCUUUGCCAAAACGUUUAGCUGGUGGUAUGGAUAUGCAGGGUCAUAAGCUAUAUACACCGCUGCGUCAGGAUAUACCACAUGUCUUCAGUUAUAAGAAUAGUCGAGCACAAACUGUUUGGCGUGGUUCAGCGUAUAAUCUGUUGAAGUUAUUUAUGGACUAUGGUAAUGCCUCGUUGGUAAGCUAUGAAAUGCCGAAAGAUCGCUAUGGCGGCAAUGUGAUCGAUAUGAAGGCGGCGCUGGACCUCAUACGUCACAAGAAAGUGGCAGUAAUGGCACACGCUUAUGCGUUAUUUAAAGAGGACGACGAGCUUGGUAAGAGUUAUCCACUAAUGGUGGUGCGUUGGUGUCUCAUGGUGCCCAUUUGGAAUAGCGUCUCAACACUGUACUAUCCACUGGAGCCAUUCGAUGAUCUUAUUUGGAUUAUCAUUGUGGUUGUUUUUCUCGCAUUGGUGUCUGUUAAGUGUCUGUGGUGUUGUUGGCAGAGCAUGCAUGAGCUGGCUAGACGUUUAAGCGACACUAUUUUGGAAUGUUUCUGCUUGAGUAUUGGCAUUUCUACACCAAAAUACUUCGGCGCACCUACUCUAUUGGAUUUCCUGAUUUUCACCACCAUAUUCUUAUACGGUUUCUUUCUCACAGCGAACUACACAUCACUCUUGGGCAGCAUUUUUACCGUAACUUUAUUUCGCGCACAAAUCAACACCAUGGAUGAUCUCAUAGCCACGAAUAUUUCUGUUAUGAUUAUCGACUAUGAAUUGGAGUUUCUGCGUUCCGGCGGUGAUGAAUUACCUGCGAACUUCUCACGUCUGUUGCUGCCCGUGGACUCGGCCACUUAUAGUCAACAUCAAGUGCAGUUGAAUACGACUUUUGCCUAUUUUAUUACGGAGGAGAAAUGGAAUUUUCUGGACCUACAACAGAAAUACCUCAAGCAACGGCUCUUUAAGUUCACAGACAUUUGCUUCGGUUCCUACCAUUUAGCUUAUCCACUGCAACCGGAUUCGUUUUUGUAUCGCAAUCUCGAGUAUUAUAUCUAUCGUAUGCAUUCUUCGGGCAUGUUGGGACACUACCAGAGCACAGCCUUCGAUUAUGCGGUGCAUGCGGGACUUGUGAAACGUUUGGCCGAUAAUACGGAGUUUACGUCGGCUGGCAUGCAGCACUUGGCUGUGGUCUUCUUAAUGCUGUUGGCUAUGUUUUGUGUGAGCUUCUGUGUUUUUGUGGGUGAGCUUGUAAAUGAACGUUUGAGGAACAAGUGUUGCUGGCAUUGAAUUCAGUGAAGGCAGUUUCCUCAUGAAUCAAUAACGAAGAAUAUUACAGAAAUAAUGAUCCCAGCGGAUUAACACUAGCUCUAACCCCUCAGAGGAUUUAUGCGAGUGGAUCCAAGCAAACUCGAGACCACUUCUUCUACCCAUUUUAAGUCCUGGAUUAACCAUCAGUUAUAGAGUGCUCU